AUGCCCAUCAACGAAGGUCAAGUCCUCCACAUUAAGAAUAUAACCAUCGGCAAACCUCAUCUCUUCACAUGGCGGAGCACAUCGAAGAACCCGAAACGAUUGAUGCUUGAUGCGUGGGACUUGCCACCUGUGCAAACACUCAUAGGCGCCGACCCGCGAGAUGAGUUCCACUGGAACGGAAACCUUGAAUCGCACAUGUAUCCCAACGAUUCCAAUACCUAUUACACAUUGGUAUUAUAUGACUACUAUGAUGAUACCAAGUUAUGCGAAUCGCAAUUAUUCCGUUUAAUUCGUCCUAUCAUCGACGACUCAUCGGAGUCAAAGUCAUCUGGAACGACGACCAUGCUAGGAGACCCUAUCACAGCAUCAUCAUCAUCAUCAUUAUCAUCAUCAAUCACGACCGGAACCAGAUCAACUCUCUCCCUCCAUCACUCGCCUAUACCAACAGCUACAGUACUCUCCAUCUCAACUCCAUCAAAGGCUGCCUACUCAUCCCCGACCAACAACCCCGAUCCCACUACCAUAUCCAGCAACAACAGUAGUGACUUCAAUUCCGCUGCCACCAGCUUAUCUGAACCAGGCCAACCUCUCGAACCGCGAGAUACCGUCCAUCUCAGUCCAACCAGACGGUUGGUUAUUGCUAUCAGUGUGGCGUUUGGUAGCUUGUUGAUUGCGAUAUUGGUCGCCGCGGGGUAUAAGAUUCGACAGCAAUAUAAAGCUGGAGUGUUUCAGAGGCGUGAUUGA